AUGAAUCAAAUAUUAUUUUCCACAUUAAUUUGUUUUUCUUUUUCAGUCUUUGUUCAGGCGUGCAGCUAGUUUUUAAAUAAGGCGGAUGCAACUUUAAUUAUUCCAUUGGGAUAAACUUGCUUGUUAGAAGAUACUUCUAUUGAAAAUAUAACCUUGAACACAAUUAUAAUUGAAGGAACUCUUUCUAUCAAAGACAGUUUAUCUAUGAACAUUAAGUAUAAAGAUCUUAUAUUAGGUCAAAAAGGUUCUUUAGAAAUAGGAAAAGAUGCGGCUAUCAUUAAUAAUUUAAUUAUUUUUGAAGAUGUUAGCACUUAGGAAUGUUAAGAACCAGCUAAUACUCAAAGUAUUGGGAAAAUUAACAUUCAAUCUAGAUUUAUGUAGACAUACAAUUUGUUUGAUAUUUACAAGGCUUAAACAUAAAUCUAAUUUUAGGGUAAGCCUGUCGAUAUUCUUGCUAAAUAAAAUUAUGUAUUAGUUAAUAGUUUCUCCUAAACAGAAUAACUGUUAAAUAUCUAAGAUGUAUUAGAGGAGACUUUGAUUCUUAGAGAACCUAUUUAAGAAGAUAACUUGAAUGUAGAAAUACAAAGAGAACUAGUGAUUAGACCUAUUCUCUUCAGUGAUUUACCUGUGAUAUCAGGAGUAAUAUUUAAAAACUCUUGCUUGAUUGGAAGUGUUGAGAAGUUUUAAGGAGUAACUUUGCUGAAUCCUAGAGGUCUUUUUUUAAAGGGUGGUUAAAUAUAAAGUUCUUUGAUAAAAAUAGAAAAUCAAGAUAAAUCAAUUACUAGAACUAUUAAAACAGAAGGCGGAUUUCAAAGGAAUAUCUUUUAUAAGUGUUAACAGCUGAAUGUGCAAAUAGACAGCACAGAUCAAAAUUCUUUUGUGGAUAAUAACAUUGUAAGCUCAAAGGAUCUUUAAAUCAGUGUGAAAAGCAGACAAUUUAACAAGAAUUCUUUCAUAAAUAGUAAAAUUGUGAUUAAUGCUUAAGAUGUAAACUACUUAACCCUUUCUAACUUUAGAUCUUUUAAUACAGAGAUUUAAUUCUUAAAUUAAGAAAAUUCUUACCUUUAAAUCAAAGAUAAAAGUAUUGUUUAUAGAAAUAAAGUUUUUUAAGUUUCUAAAUCUUUAGACAAAUUUUAUCAAGACGAUACAAUAUUUUUUGCUACAACCCUCGAUCUGAGUAAAUCGAUUGUAAAUACUAAAUUUUCUAUUUCAAAUUCAUUCUUUGACGGAAAUAAUGAAGUUGAUCAUUUAGCUAUAUUUAGUAGUAAUUCAAAAUAAUAAGACAUUAACCUUGAGUAUACUCUUGCGGUGAAAUUUAAUAGCUUUUUAUUAACUACUUCUGAUAAAUUAAAGUAGCCUUAAAUUAAAUAUUUUGCUAGAAUUUCCUCAGAAACUCUAUUUAAUGUUUAUAUUAAAUUUUUCAAAAUAAAUAAUAAGAUUAUUGACUACUUGCCUUUAUUUAACUUACCUAUGAUGAAUUUAGUUACUUACUCGAGCAGAGAGGAAUAUAAUAUAGUAGAAAUUGAUGAUUUAAACACUGAAACUCAAAACAUCAUGUACUCAAAAAUUAAAUGGGCUCCCGUUCAAGUUUACUAAACAAAUUCACUUCCAACUUACUAUCAAAUAAAAAACAUUGUUACAACUGAUAAUAAUAGCAACAUUUUAGCUAAAAUUUCAUUUGAUGGUAAAGCAAAGUAAGACUUAAACUUGAAUUAAUAUUCUUAGCUGCUUGGUGAUUAAAUUAAAUAUAUAGAGUUUAUUGAUAAUACUGGAAAAAAAUUAGAUCUUUAAGAGUUCACUAUUCAGCUUAAUGUUUAAAGUACAACUCAAACAGUCAGAUAUAAAACUGGUCUAAUUUUCCCCUCUACUCUAAAAGCUAUAAAAAAAGUAACAGUAUUUUAAGUAAAUGACUCAAAAGAAGAGUAAGUUAAAGUAGUAAAUAAAAUAGACGAUACUUAUCAAUACAGUUAUAGUACAAUUUUCUUUUGGAGCUAGAGUCUAAAUCAGUUUUCUUUAGUUUGGAAAAGGUUGACUUAAGGAUUUACUACUUACAAAAUUAAGUUUGAAUAUUGUGAGGAAAAUGAAUUAUUUGAUGGAGCUUCUUGUGUCACUUAAUGUAAUACUUCAAAAAUGGAGUUUUUCUGUUCUAAAGAUUGUGGGGAAGGAUACUAUAAAGAUAUCAACAAUCCAAAUAUUUGCUUAAAAUGCCCAUUCGGAUGUAAACAAUGCAAAGAUAAUACUGUAUGCUUGAAAUGCUAUGAUUUUUAUUUCAGUGAUGGCUAAAAAUGUAGAGAUAACUGUGGUAUUAAUUAGGUUGCAUACAAAAAUUCUUGUUAAAAAUGCGGAAAUAACUGUGGUUUUUGUUACUCAAGCGAAGAAUGCAAUGUGUGUUAAGGAUUAUACACAGUUUAUAAUGCUCAGUGCAAAAUGUGUAAAGAAAAUUAAGACGAAUACUGUGAUGAAUGUCCUAAAAAUUGCAAAUCUUGUGUUGAUAAUAAUACUAAUUUUAAAUGCUUUGAAUGUGAUGAAGGCUACGAACUCAUUUUUGGUUAGUGCAAGAAAAAAAAUACUUAAUUAACUUAGUAAAGUUGUGAAAUUGGAUAUAGUUUUAUAAAUGGGUCUUGUUAAUAGUGUUCUUAAGGUUGCUUAACAUGCUCUGAACCUAACAAUUCAAAUAGAUGUUAUACCUGUACCACAUCUUAUUCAUAAGAUUAUUUUGGUUCGUCUUGCAAAAAAUGCAAAGGAGGGGAAUAUUCACCCUCACGUGAUUCAUGCCAAUCUUGUAGCUAACUAUGUGACAACAAGUUUUCUUGUUUUGGUCCUUCGGUAUUUUAGUGUUAAAAAUGUCAAGCAGGUUACUUCAAGCAUUUACAAAAUAACAAAUGUCUAAGUUGCGAUUUGAGUAAAUGCAAAGAGUGCUCUGAAUCACCUACACAAUGCACUGACUGCCCAGAAGGUUAGUUCCUCUAUGAUAAAUAGUGUUUUAGUAAAUGUCCAAGUGGUUGGUAUCCUGAUGAGAAAAGAGUUUGCAGAUAAUGCAAUCAAGAACUUUGUAAAGAGUGCUAUAAUUCCCCAACUUAAUGCACAGAAUGCAAAUAGGGUUAAGUUCUGUUUGAAGAGAAGUGCUACAAAGACUGUAAACCAGGAUUUUUUGCUGACAAAUAAAAUGUAUGUAAGCCUUGCGAUCUGAAUAAAUGUGAAGAGUGUAUUUAAUAUGAUACUAAGUGUACAAAAUGCAAAGGAGAUCUAUAUCUUAUUAACCAUAGCUGUGAAGAAGAGUGUCCUGAUAAAGGAUACUAUUUUGAUCAAAAUAACAAAUGCCUACCUUGCCAUGAGGAUUGUGAAAAAUGUUCUGGCUCUUCAACAAACUGCACUGACUGCGAAUAUCCAAUGUUUUUGGAAGGUAACAAAUGUCUUUAAGAAUGCCCUCCUGGAAAAUAUGGAGCUUAUGUUUAGAGCAUCAGUAAGUGCUUAGAUUGUGAUACAAAGAAAUGUUAAAAUUGCAUUGACAAUAAAUCUAAAUGUACUUCAUGCAAUGAAGGAUAUUUCUUAUAUAAAAAUUAAUGUAUGAGCGAUUGCCCUAAAGGAACAAACAAAAAUUUAGUAACUUAAAGCUGUCUAGUUUGUCUUUAGCCUAAUUGUGCUGUAUGUGGAGAUAAUAUCGGACUUUGUGUUUAAUGCUAAGAAGGUUUUAUAUAAUAUUAAGGAGUUUGCACUAAAGAAUGCCCAGUUGGUUAUUUCUUAAAUAAAAACGAAAACAAGUGCUAGGAAUGUGAUAAGAGAGUAUGUAUGGAGUGUUCUGAAUCACCUACUAACUGCACUAAAUGUUAUCCAGAGCAUUUCAAUAUUGGAAACGGAGUCUGUUCUACUACUUGCCCUAAAAUGGCUUAUCCUUUAUAAUUAGCAGAUCAAUCAGUAUGUAAGCCAUGCAAUCCUACAUGCACAAAAGGAUGUGUCGGACCAUUAGAUUCUGAGUGCUUGGAAGCUGUUUACAUAACUUAAGAAUCGAAUAACUAAGCAAUUUUAAUUGGCUUACUUGUUGUAUGCUUUGUCUUAUUGAUAGGUUUAGUUAUUGUAGGGUAUUUAUACUAUAAAAGGAAACAAGCUCUUCCUUAUAAAUCUUACUUACUAAAAAGAGAAAGUCAAUCUGAUAUAGGAACUGUAAUAUAAAUGGAGAAAACUGAAAGUUUAAAAAGAGUUUGA